ACAAAAGAUUGGAGGCUUCCUUCUGCCGGCUGAAUCAUGGAGUUAUUUCUUCCUGAAAUAAAACUACUGAACAAGACAAGUCAUAGAUAUAAUGGCUGAUAUUCUUGGUCAAUUGAUCAGCAAUGAACUGAAGAGGAGAUAUUGCUGUGAUUUGGGACAGUCUGUCCUAACAAGAUGCUCGUGAUGUGCAUUGGGACUGCACCCCCAUAUUUCCCAUCCUUUCUCCCUGCGGCUAGGAAUGCCGGGAGUCCCCAUCCCAAUGCCUUGGGACGACACAGAUGGGGUUCGCCUCUUUUUGUGUGCCCUUUUUGGGCUUCCUGGUGGCCUCUUUCUUCAUACAAGGCCUGGAAGCAGUAUCUUGUCCCCUGAACUGGUUUCUUUAUGAGCAGCAUUGCUACGGAUUUUUCGAGAAUAAACUGACCUGGAACAAUGCAGAGACACGAUUCAGAUGGUUAGACGCAGCCGUGGUGGAGUACGUUCCUUGGGCACCCUCUGAACCUUCCACCUACAAAGGGGAUUGUGUCCAGAUACAUGGCAGUGACUAUAAAUAUUGGAGUCUCCAGUUUUGUGAGAAGAAACAGCCCUAUCUGUGCAAGAUGGCUGUGUACUGAAUGUAGCUGGAAGCACCUUGAAGGUUGGAAGCCAGAAUCUCCCUGGCUACUACAACAUCAGCCUGCUGACCCACAGAAGAAGCCUGCGCAUCAGACUUUCUUUUCCAUGUGGUGUCACUAAUCAAUAAACUCUAAUCCGAGGGCA